CUGUCAAAUCAUCAAACUGCGGCAAAAAUAAAACAAAUCUUUUAUUUCACAAAAUUUAAAUAAAAAUAUUAACAAAAAUCCAACUAAAAAUACUAAAAUAACUUAAUUAACAAACAACAAAAUGUGUAAAACAACUACCAAAGGUUUCGAUGCUCAAUUAUGCGCCAAAAUAAACGGAAUCCGUACUGAAUUUGUGCUGCAGCGAUUCGUCAACAAAUGGUUUCUCCUCAUAACUCAGUACGAGAAAAUGUGCAACAUCUUCUCAGUGCAGUUCGACCAAAAGCAAGGUGAUUGCUCUGUUCCUGUGCCACCACCAAACUACGAUGAUCCAUCAGUUCCAAUAACAAUCACCAAUACAUUUGGCACCGAUACCGACGAAGCCCGCAGCGCUAUCCAAUUUUUGGUAAACAAAUCGAAUCUGGGCAAGUGUCCAACCGAACUCAUCAUCAGCAUUGGCUUGAAAGAAAUCAACGGGAAAGUUCUACGUGAAAUAUCUUCAGUAUUAAAUGAAAUAAUUGUUUCCAAAUAAAUUUAUAAACAAAAAAACUAAAA